AUGAAGUUCUUGUCCCUUGCUGUUGUUACUCUCGCCUCGUUGCCCUUUGCUCAAGCAACUCAUGAUGGCGGCUAUGCCCACCAGGGCCGGGCAAAUCCUUCCACCCGUACAAGUGCGACUUUAGACUAUACUGAAGAGGAUCGAGCCAAAUAUGACAAACGGGCAAAUCCUGGCACCCGUACUAGUACAACCAUGGACUAUACUGAAGAGGAUCGUGCCAAAUAUGACAAACGUACAAAUCCUGGCACCCGUACUAGUACAACCAUGGACGUGACUGAAGAGGACCGAGCCAAAUAUGACAAACGUACAAAUCCUGGCACCCGUACUAGUACAACCAUGGACUAUACUGAAGAGGAUCGAGCCAAAUAUGACAAACGUACAAAUCCUGGCACCCGUACUAGUACAACCAUGGACGUGACUGAAGAGGACCGAGCCAAAUAUGACAAACGUACAAAUCCUGGCACCCGUACUAGUACAACCAUGGACUAUACUGAAGAGGAUCGAGCCAAAUAUGGCAAGCGUGAGCAUGUCAGGGCCAGAGUUGGAUCUACCGGUAUGACAGUAGCUGAGAAGCGUGAGCAUACUACCGAGUCUAGAGUUGGAACUCCAAAGACCCAGUCUACCGGUAGGGUCGAAACUCCAAUGACUCAGUCUAGAGUUGGAAUUCCAAAGACCCAGACUACCGGUAGAAUCGAAACUCCAAUGACUCAGUCUAGAGUUGGAACUCCAAAGACCAAAAACACCGGACGCACAGCCGAUACCCCACCACCCACACCUACCGGCUGCGACUGGGAUGUCAUUCUAGCUGACCACCAACCCCUUCUCGAUAAGGCCUAUGCAUGGGUUACGACUGAGGACACAUGGAUGCCGAGUCCCAUUGGUGCCCCCGCAGAGGAACAGUGUUUGGAACGCUAUGCCAUCGCCGUCAUUUAUUAUUCGUGCCUCGAAGGUGACAGUUCUUUCACAGAGGGCGGGGGCGCUUGGAUGACAUCCAACAGUCACUGUAACUGGUACGGGUCUUGGUGCGACGAAAGCGGAAGGUCCAGUUAUAUCGAAAUCGCUGAUUCUGGCAUUGAAGGUAGCAUUCCCACAGAGUUCGGAAUCUUGAAUCAAUUGACUCAUUUGGAUUUGGAGGACAAUGAUUUCGCUGGUCUGAUUCCGUCCGAGAUAGGAGCCUUGACUUUGUUGGAAUAUCUAGAUCUUUCUGAUAAUUACUUGACUGGAAGGGUCCCAUCAUCAUUUCUUAUGCUAAACCAGUUGACGACGUUGAAACUAGAUUACAACGAGCUAACAGGUGCACUUCCAAAUGAGAUUGAAAUGUUGUCUGCGUUGACAUACUGCAACCUUUCCCACAAUAGACUUAUUGGUACCAUCCCCACAACAGUUGGCGCGUUGACAGCACUAACUCGUUUGGAUUUGGACGACAAUCCCAUCAUCGGUGAUUUGCCCACCGAGUUCGGUCUAUUAUCGUCGCAAUUGCUGUAUUUGGAUUUGGAUAACAUGGAACUGACUGGACCCGUCCCUUCGGAGUUUGGUAGCCUCACAAACUUGUCGCACUUGAACUUGCAUGUGAACAAAAUUGGACCAUCAGUACUUCCUUCCGAAAUUGGACUAAUGACAAAUUUGAGAGAAUUCACGGCGUAUGGCAAUGGUCUAACAGGAACGAUCCCUUCUGAAAUCGGUUUAUUGCCUCUAACCUAUUUGGAUUUGGCAAUAAAUCGACUAAGUGGAUCCAUUCCAAAUCUUCCAACGACACUUGUCGAAGAUUGCUACUUGGCUGAAUCGUUCGACGAUGUUGAGGAACGUAACUGCUUUCAAGAUUCUUUUGGCAUCCCAGAUAAUACCACAAACGUCCCUAGCUGCGUUGUCAAAGAUAAUUGCCUCUAA